GAAGCUGUGCUAGGUUUGGUGUAAAACGUUUUUUUGAUCUUUGUUACUGUUAAAUCUAUAGAUUGUCAUUCACAACCUGGAACGUCAAGGGAAUAUUUCUGUGUUGUUGAUCCGAGAGAGGCUUGGAUAUGGUGGAAGUAAAUGUAACCUUGAUGUAUGACAAUUGGAAAUAAAUGUGGAAACCGUUGACUCAAGGGUUUGCACAUUAAUUUAACAUGACUGAACAUGAAGCCCAUAGGAAACUGCCUGCAGCUAACGACUUUGGAUGGCUUUGGAAUGAAGUCUACGUUUGCCACUACAUGGUGGAACAGGAGAUACACACAGAGAUAUGAACAGCAACGGGAAUAAGAGAGCUCCAACCACAGCCACUCAGCGACUUAAGCAGGAUUACCUCAGGAUAAAGAAAGACCCUGUGCCUUACAUCUGUGCAGAACCUCUACCCUCUAACAUCUUAGAAUGGCACUAUGUAGUGAGAGGUCCUGAGAAAACACCAUAUGAAGGAGGAUAUUAUCAUGGGAAACUUAUAUUUCCACGGGAGUUUCCCUUUAAACCACCAAGUAUCUAUAUGAUCACACCCAAUGGGAGAUUCAAGUGUAAUACAAGAUUAUGUUUGUCCAUCACAGACUUCCAUCCAGACACAUGGAACCCUGCGUGGUCCGUCUCUACCAUCCUCACAGGUCUGCUCAGCUUCAUGGUUGAAAAAGGCCCCACCCUCGGGAGCAUUGAGACCUCGGACUACACAAAAAGACAGCUGUCGGCCCAAAGCCUGGCCUUCAACCUGAAGGAUAAAGUGUUCUGUGAGCUGUUUCCUGAUGUAGUUGAUGAGAUGAAGCAGAAACAGAAGGCCCAGGAGGAGUUAAGUGCCCGCACGCAGCCCCUCCCUUUACCCGACGUGGUGCCUGACGGUGACCCUCAACACGCCCACUAUGGCCUACCCGCCCUCAACGGGGGCCCUGUCCCCCUGGGGGCAGCCAACCCCGCCCCUGGUCUGCAGCAGGCCCAUCGUAACCAUGGACUUCUAGGUGGAGCUCUGGCCAACUUGUUUGUGAUUGUAGGCUUUGCAGCGUUUGCCUACACGGUCAAGUACGUGCUGAGGAGCAUAGCGCAGGAGUGAGAGGAGCUGGCGUUGUAGGGCAAAGAUCCCCCUGCAGGCUAGUGGACUCCAAAUUCUACAAACACACUCUAUGUGGAGGGGGGGGGCGCUGUUCAGUCCUGUUUAAAGCCCCCCGUCCACUCAACCACUACGACCACCAUCGACUUUUAGAUGGGAUCUCAAAGCCAAACCCACCCAGGAAGGACUGAGAGGGGAAGGAGGAGUGGGGACAUCAGUAGAGCUGGGGGGGUGGGGGGGCGGGUUUGAGGGGCUCAUUGAAACGGUUGUGAUCCAAUCUCUGCGUCAGAGGUUCAUGUCAGCGAUAGGAACAAACUUGGCUCAUGGGUUGUGGAAGAGUGUGAAACCGAGGGUCGUAGUUUGUGGUGUCGCCACGUUGGACGACUGGUUACAACAGAAAUGUGCUUUUCUGAGGUGAAAUAAAAUGUAACCAUUGUUCUCCUGCGCUGUCAUGAACAUCAGUGGAAAAAAAGGUUGUUUCUUUCUUUAAUUGUACAUUAUUCUAACAUUAGCCCAGCAAAGGCCCCUCAUUAUUCAUUAUCACAAAGGCUCCUCAGGGUGGCGCUGUUGCAGAGCGAAAUCAAAAGUGGGGUUUAGGUGAAGUCGUUGGUCCUGAAGUAUUACCCAUUAUUUUCUCCAUUCACGUGUUUCAGGCAGACGAGUGUCCACUCUGUGUCCAAACAUAAUCAAUCCUUUGGUAACUGCGCGGCAGAAACACGUUUGCAGCAACUGAUUUUUGUUGAAAUGGGGAUAAAUAGAGAUGCAUGAUCUCACUCUACAAACUCCUCUGAUUGGUGGAUGUAAAGACUUGGUCACAUGCUGUGUGUCGUGUUGAGCCACAGCUUUCACACUCAGUAUGUUUCCAGAUAAACUACAACAUUAUCUCGACUAAUGCCCUUAAUCCCAGGAUACCAACAGAACUCGCUUGGUUAGUAUUAGACAGUUUCGCUGAAGCUGGGUGGAAGCAUGUCAAGCGACAUUUUGAAACUUAAGAAAUAUAAAAAAGAUUUGAUUCAGCAGAGCAAAAUUGCACCAGCCUGGAUUUCAGAAUUUUGCAUUUUACUUGUUUGACAACUUCCAAAUCAAAGCCAAAAUCCAAAUCAAAGCUGGGAACAGUUUGGGUCUGCAUAAAAACAUAUCAGGACAUUUUUAAAAGUCAUCACACUAACGCGAUUAUUGUUUCUUUCUUACGUCACGUAAACAACCGAGACACGACGUGUAGAAAUCUGAUAUAAAUCAAGUUUCAAACCAUCACCUCUUAUGUGAUUUAAAUUUUUUGUUCCUUUUUUAUUUUUAUUUUUUUGCCCCUCAGGCUAAUUAAUACAUUAAUAAUGGGCGUUUGGGUUUAAUUCUCUGCUAACUUCGUGUCUCAUGUUCCAGGAGGAAGAUAUCAUCUUUAGAAUUCUGUUGAGAGUUGAUGGGCGGAGUUGACGACGAGGGGGGGAGGGAAAACGUGGAGAAACGAAACUUGGCAACGUCUUGUCUCACGAGCCGUUGUGAUACACUGGUAAAAGUCUGACAUCAGACCGGGUAUUCAUUCCAGUCAACCCAUGAGCAAAGCAGUGUCCCACACAGACAAGUACCUUUUAGUUAAGAUUCUGCCUAGCCCACUCUAUAUAGGUCCAAAUAAGGAGACACAUGGAAUAAAGCAACGUUUUGUGUCUGUAUAUUAUAUUUUUUUCAAAAAAACAUCUUUUUCUUUCUCUUUAUUUAUAGAGCCUGCCUGGCUUUGUCUGUCAUGGUUCUGAGGAGACGUGUGUGUAUGGACAGACACACACACACACACGCACACACACACACACACAGGCAGGCCGUGGACCGGACUCGCAUUAAUUGCUGAUAAUUUACUGUUGUGCAUUGCAUUUUAGUAAAGAUGGUUCUCUUGUGUAUGUAAUGUUUCGACAGGGUAAAACAAAAAUGAUCAGAAGGCAGAUGAUUGGCUUUUUAUUGUUCUUCUUUUCCUGGCAACAACAAAAAAAAACAACUCGAUGAUGAGGAUGGGAGUGCGUUUGUGUGAUUAUACAGCAAAUGCCUACAUUUCCAUGCUUCAGUUAAUCUUGUGUGACAUAAUGUUUUCAUAGUACAUGCAAAUAAAUAACCCUGCUUGGCGGGGCGUUUUAGAAAACCUUC